GGACACUCUGAGGACCACCUGAGCUGCCUCCCUCCUGCUGCCAAGCAGACAGACCUGGGUCCAAAUCCAGGCGCCAACUUUCAGCAGUGGUGUGGCCCUGGCCAAAGGACAUCACCUCUUCAAGCCUCAGUCCCUCCUCCGUGAAACAGGGACAAUUCUGACAGGCUAAUGCACAUACAGCACCUAGCAGAGCAUCUGACCAACAGCAGGUGUUCAACUCAUGAGAGCUGCUAGGGCAUCGCUCUUACCUUUUUCCUUUUUCUUUUUUUGGCUGCGCUGCGUGGCAUCUGGGAUCUUAGUUCCCCAACCAGGGAUGGAACCUGGGCCCACGGCACUGAAAGCACCGAAUCCUCACCACUGGACCUCCAGGGAAUUCCCAGUUGUUAUAUCUUAUUAUUAAAUAUUGACCCUUUGCUAAAAGCUCAGGGCUGUUUAUAAUGAAGGGUCAAGUCUCCUGGAGUAAGCAGGGAGAAGGAUAAAGAGAGAAGCAUGGGAAUAGCUGCAUGGGAGAUGGAAGGGAGUGAGUUCUCCAGCCCAGAGGUAAACAAAUUGUGGGGAGAUUUGACUGACAAGGGCAGGAAGAGGAGCAGAGGUUUGACUAAAAGCGUUUCUCAUCCUUCAUCUCUCAUCUCCGACCCCAACCAAGCUCUGAGCUGUUAUUUCUGUGGAAAUGGGGACUCGAGAAUUCUCAGAGAAAGAUCUGGCUGAAAAGAACCUGGCCCGUGGGGGUAGGAGGGGAAGAAGAUAACUUUCCAUCUACUCCCAAUACUAAUGCUAUUGUAAAAAAUCCCAUUUAUUGGGAGUUCCCUGGUGGUCUAGUGGUUAGGAUUUGGCGCUUUCAGUGCCAUGGCCCAGGUUCAAUCCCUGGUCGGGGAACUGAGAUCCUGCAAGCCACGCAGCACAGCGCAGCCACAAAAAAAGAAAAAAAAAAUCCCAUUUAUUGAGCAACUACUGUGUGUUAAGCCCUUUGCAUCAUCUUAAUAAUGAUAAUAACAGUUACUAAGGCUGCACAACAUUCCAACUGCAUCAUCUCAUUGAAUUCGCCCAACAGACCUACGAGACAGACACUAUAGGGUAACUAACCCCUGUCUUAUGGAAAGGGAAACUGAAGCAGGAGAGAUCGUCUCCCACCCGGGGUCUUAUGACAAAGCAGUAGCUGACAGGGGAUUUGAACUCAGGUCUGGGUGACAGUAGAGACCACACUCGCCACCACGAGCCAGUACCACUGCCAUACUUGUCUCGUUGAAGUCCAGCUCUGGCCCUGCCCUCCCCUGCUCAAAACCCUCCAUGGCUCCCCACCGCCCUCACAAGCUCUGCUGGGCACUCAAAACUCCCAUGAUCUGCCCCCAAUUCCCAUGGCCCCUCUCACCCCUCUUUUCCUUCACUAGUCCAGAAGCUUCUCCUAAACGGAGUGCCAAGUCUAUCUAUGAACAGAGGAAGCGUUACUCCACCGAGGUUAUGGCCGACGUUUCCCAAUAUCCAGUCAAUCACCUGGUGACCUUCUGCCUGGGUGAGGAGGAUGGCGUGCACACGGUGGAGGACGCCUCGCGGAAACUGGCCCUCAUGGACAGCCAAGGCCGCGUCUGGGCCCAGGACAUGCUGCUGCGCGUGUCUCCCACGCACGUUGCGCUGCUGGACCCAGUCUCCAAGGUGCCACGGGGCACACGGGUGGAAGGAGCAGCUUGGACUGAGCCCACCAAGGAGGAGCUGGAGUCUUACGCGCUGAGCGCCAUCGUGCGUUGCGACACGGUGAUAGCGCCGGGCCAGAGCUGCUCACUGCUGCUGCUCGUGUGCCAGGAGCCCGAGCGCACGCAGCCCGACGUGCACUUCUUCCAGGGCCUGCGUCUGGGGGCGGAGCUGAUCCGAGAGGACAUCCAGGGGGCUCUGCACAACUAUCGCUCGGGCCGCGGGGAGCGCAGGGCGGCGGCGCUCAGGGCUACGCGAAAGGAGCUGCAGUGCCACCCCUCGCCCGACGCCGAGACCGCGCCCCUGCAGCACCGCCCGACGGUCCGCGCCGCGAUCAACACGGUGGAGCCGGCCGCGGGCCGCGGGCGACCCCGGGCGGACCCCAUCCCAGAGACUGCAGAGAUGCGGAGGCCGGGCCGAGCGGAGGUCUGCAGCAGCGCUGACCCGACCUCUCGGGACCUGGGCCCCUGCGGCCCAGACCUGGCCAGUCUGCAGGCGGAGCGGGAAGUGGACAUCCUGAACCACGUGUUCGACGACGUGGAGACCUUCGUAUCAAGGCUGCAGAAGUCUGCCGAGGCGACCCGAGUGCUGGAGCACCGAGAGCGCAGCCGCAGGACCCGGCACCGGGAGGCCGGGGAGGGCCUCCUGACGCUGCGGGCCAAGCCGCCCUCAGAGGCCGAGUUCAUUGAUGUGCUUCAGAAAAUCAAGUACGCCUUCAGCUUGCUGGCCCGGCUGCGCAGCAACAUCGCCAACCCCUCCUCCCCAGAACUGCUGCACUUCCUGUUCGGACCUCUGCAAAUGAUUGUGGACACCUCGGGCGGCCCCCAGUUCGCGAGCUGCGUGCGGCGGCCGCAUCUGACUUCCGAGGCUGUGGCGCUGCUGUGGGACAACGUCACCCAACUUGAAAACACGCUCUGGACCUCGUUGGGGGACUCUUGGACCCGCCCGGGGAUCCCUGAGGAUCCCUUGCCCCUCCUUGGCUGCAGGAUAGAGCUACCCUCAGAGGAGGGACCCCCAUACAGACCUGAGUUCUACAGCGGCUGGGAGCCCACAGCCACGGACCCACAGGGCCGCGCCUGGGAGGACCCGGUAGAGAAACAGCUACAGCACGAGCGGCGCCGCCGGCAGCAAAGCACUCCUCAGGUCGCUGUCAAUGGUCACCAAGACCAGGAACCAGAAGCUGAGCCCCAGGGGCUGGAGCCGGCGGGAAAGUGGGUCCUAUGUAAUUAUGACUUCCAGGCGCGCAAUAGCAGCGAGCUGUCCGUCAAGCAGUGGGACAUAUUGGAGGUUCUGGAUGACCAGCGCAAGUGGUGGAAGGUUCGGGACCAGAGGGGGCAGGAGGGAUAUGUACCCUAUAAUAUCCUGACACCCCACCCGGGGCCGCAGGGGGGCCGCAGCCUGGAGAACAGCACUCCCUCUCCCCCUCCACCACCAGCGCCGGCCGUGGCUCCGGCUCCCCACCCCCCACCAGCGUCCGCCCUGGCUCCGGCUCCCCCUCCCCCGUCAGCCUCGGCCCUGGCUCCUCCCCCCCCCGCCCCCUCCCGCACCAGUGCCGACCCUGGCUCCAGCUCCCGGUGCCCAACCAGCGCGGACCCAGGCUCCGGCUCCGUCUCGGUCUCCCAGGGACAGCUGCGAGAGCCUCAACAACUUGGACUCCGGCAAGAAGGAGAAAUUCUCCCAGAUGCUCAGUAUCAACGAGGAGCUGCAGGCACGCCUGGCCCAGGGCCUCACGGGCCCCAGCCGCGCAGCCCCGGGGCCCCGCGCCCCGGAGCCCCGCGCCCCGGAGCCGCAGCUCAGUCCGCGCUCCAACGCUUCGGAGGUCCGCGCCUGGCUGCAGGGCAAGGGCUUUAGUUCAGGGACAAAGAGAAAGUGUCAGAGCUGGAGGCGGUAAUGAAGAAGCAAAAGAAGAGGAUGGAAGACGAGGUGGAAACGGAAGUCAUUUGAUCCUUCCCCGCCCCUCCACUAAGUUUCCAGGAAGCAGCCCCGCGGGAGAACGGACUCUGCAGACUGCCCCCACCAACGGAAGUAGAUCCCUCCAGGGAUCGCCGACCUGUUCCAGCCUUGGUCUUACCCCGUCCGGUUAGAUAAAUCGGCCCGUCCUUAAUGGAGUCUCCUGAGAAGUGCUCUCUUAUUGGCCGAGAACGGGCACUGAGACAAUUUAGGGCAAGUGCUUGCGCUCGGGAGCCCUGUGUAUUGUGAUAAUGCUACCCAGUCUAUAAACAGCCUCCUCUUAGCAGGC